UCACGUCGCUCUUGCGUUCGUAUGUCGGCAAAGUGGGAGUAAAUUUUGCUAAAACUCUGCAGUUUUCGUCAAUUUGUCCGAGAUAUGGGGUCUUCUAAGAAGCAUAAGGAGAAAGACAAGGACAGAGAGAAGGAUAAGGAACUCGAGAGGGAGUCCAGAAAGAGAAAGAAGGACAAAGAUCGCUCAAGAUCUAGGUCAAGAGAGAGGAAGCGUGAAAAGAAAGAAAAAUCCAGAUCUCGGUCGAGAUCGCGAUCUAAGGAGAGAAAACGGGACAAGGAGAGGCACAGGGAGCGUAAGCGGGACAGGGAUGGGAAGGAGAGGAAGAAGAAACACAGGGAAUCGGAAGAAGUAAGAGUGAAAACAGAGCCACAGGAUGAUGAUGAGCCAGUACCAUCCACAUCAGGAGCAGGAGCAGGGGGAGACAGUGCACUCAGCAUUGAGGAGACAAAUAAACUGAGAGCAAAGCUGGGCCUAAAACCAUUGGAUGUUGCAGAUGCUGUAGUUUCAGCUGAGGAGGAGAAAACAGAGAACAAAGAGGAUGUCCACGCACCUGCCAUCAACCUGGGUGAGAAGAAGAAAGCAGAGGAGCUGCGAGAGAAGAUGAAAGCCAUGAGGGAGAAGAGAGAGAUGAACAAGAAAUUAGGGAAGGUGAAGGCCCUGGGUGAUGAUGAUGAGCUGGAUGAUGUGUAG